AUGGGGAUAUCGAGGGCGAGGGCUUGGCUAGCCGUGGCAACCCUGGCGUUGGGUUCCGUUCGAGGGGAUCUCGUUACCUUCGAAUCGACCGGGUUCAAAGGGUCCUUUACUCCCGGCAUUGCACUCAUUUCGUUCGAGGAUAUCGCUCAACGAAGCUUUACGUGGCGGGCAUUAUCGGGCAUUGUUGUGAAAGAAAUCACACUGUGGUCCGAGACGACAGGCAGCCAGCUCGGCCAAACAGUUCUUGAUAGCCCCGAAUCGGCUGCUCCAGACUCCGGCUCGGAGUCUUGGUCCCCUCGUUGGGACACUCACCGUCAUAAAAGCGAGGAAACAAGCCCGGGCCGCCUGGGUCGUCGAAACCCGCAAGGUAUUAACAAUGGAGGCGGCGGAGGUCUACCGGUGCAACUUACCUCCGAAUUAUACUCCAGCGGCGGCCAGGUGCGCUUCACAAGAGGCUCUCAAGGGAUUCCCACCGGUCAACUUCUCUACUUCAACGCUACAUGGGCCAACGGCUCCAGCUACUCGCAGUUCUUCGCCGCGUCGGGCACCUAUAUAGAGGUAGAUGACAGGGCCUCCAUCACGUUACCCGCCUAUCGCGAAACGGGCACACCCACCGGUUCCCCAACUACCUUGACCACCACCACCGCCGCCACCGCCAGCCCAGAAGAACCAACCAAUGCUUCCGAAGGGGGCUUGACCAGCAGCGAAUCCAACAAACCCGUAGCGGCAACCCCAAGCAGCAGCGGCGGACUUGCGACCGGCGCCGUCAUCGGCAUCGCCGUUGCUUGCGGCGUCGUCGGCCUGCUUCUCAUCUUGGGGCUCGUCUGGUACCUACUCCGCCGGCGCCAGCAGAAGAAGGCCAUGCACCCCGUCGACUCGACCUACGGUUCCGGCAGCCGCGGCGAAGAGCUCAUGGCCGAGAAGGAAGCGGCAGCCGACGUCGACGUCACCCCCCACUCACCCUACACCGACGAGGGCGCGUCCGGCAACGUGGCUGGGCCCAGCGGCACGUACCCGGACAGCGCGCCCCACGGCGACACCGUGGUCGCGGGCGCGAUUGCAGCGCCGAACCUAUCCCACCUGCAGGACCCGCCGCGGUCGUUCACCCCGUACUCGGACCGCCCCAGCGCCGCCGGCACGGCCGGCACCCCCGGCACCGCUGCCGCUGCCGCUGCGGGGACGCCCAGCUUGCGCGCCCCGUCGCUCGCGCAGACCGACGAGGCCCGCGUCAGCGUGCCCAGCCCCAUACCGGGGCGGGCGACGCCGCGGGGGCUCACGACGCCGUACGCGCAUCUGGUGGAGGAGGGCAUGACGGAGGACGAGAUCCGCAGGUUGGAAGAGGAGGAGCGGCAGCUGGAUGCUGCGAUCGAACAGGCGGGGAGACGUUGA